UGUUCGAACCCUAAAUGAAUCGAAUCGACCUCCCUUUGUCUUUUUCCCUCUCCUCUUUCCCUCCACAGCCUCAGAUGAGCAGUACUGCCCGCACACACUUUUCCUUCCUCCCAUAGCCUUGUUCCUGCAUCCGUUGGUUUUUCUGUUUCCCAAAUGAGAUGGGAAAUGGAGGUAGACCAAAUUGAAGCCGUUCUGGAAAAAAUCUGUGAUUUGCACGACAAAUUAAGCGACGCAAUCCACUCCAUUUCUCGAGCUCACUUCCUCAAUUCCAUCAAGAAUACGAGCCGCAAAUCGGAUGAAUUUUAUUACCAUCGGAAGAAGAAAUCGGGGGAUGAUGACGCGGAGAACAAAAGUGGGCAGGGGUUUGUGUUCGUGAAGGAAUUCCGGGUCGAUGAUGACGAGCCGGCGGUUCAGGAGGCUAAGAGCUUGUACGCUAUCCGAACAGCUCUCGAAAAUCUAGAAGACCAACUUGAGUUCUUCCAUACUGUACAAACCCAACAGCGUGCAGAGAAAGAUGCCGCAGUGGCUCGCCUGGAGCAGAGUCGCAUGCUUCUUGCAAUGAGACUGGCUGAACAUCAAGGUAAGAAAUACAAGGUCAUUGAAGAAGCACAGGCAUUGAUAGGAGAUGUCCGAGAUGCUAGUCGAUUUGUUGAACCAGAGGGUCUAUAUGUGUCGUCAACACAUGAUCCCUCAGGCAAGAGUUUUGUGGCACAGAAAGGGGGGAGGAUGAAUCCCCUCAUCAACUUCUUUCUUUCUGGCUUUAAUUUAGUUUCCAAGUCCCUUAAAUUGGACAAUACUGUUGGGAUUCUUGGGAAUGCCGCACUGGUUGCAAUAAGCAUGAUUGCAUUCGCACAUGUGAAUCAAGUAGGGCGUAAAGAAAAGUACCCAUUCGAUGUUGGUGGGAUGCAAGAGUCUUCCAGGAAGGUCGGCGCUGGCAAAGACGGGCACAGUUUGGACGUGAUGCUGGCUCGGGGGUGAGAGGUAAGCAAGUGUUAGUAGGGCUUGAUUGUUUUGUUUCCGAGAAUAAUGAAAUUGUGGGGGGUGGAGCGGUGAUGAUGGCUUGUACCCGAAAGAGGUAAGAUGGAGUGAGUAUGUUUUUUUGGUAGUUAGGGAUAUGGAUGAAUGUGAGUUGGUAAUGUGGUUGUUUUGAUUAUUAUUAUUACUGUUAUUAUUAUCAUAAUCAUAGUAUUAUAUACUUACGAGGU